UUUGUUUUGCUCUCAGCUGCUGGUGUUACAAAAUCAAGCACCGAAAGAUAAAAAAGAGGCCUGCUCUUUAUUUUCGCAAAGUUGUUGUGCUAGACCAGUGGGAGAUUCUUCCUGAACAGGUAGAAUACAAAGAAGAGUUAGGACGAGGAGCUUUUGGUGUUGUUUACAAAGGAACUCUCAAAAAAAGAGCUGGGAUAGAAGUGUUUCAGAAUAGCGAGAGACCCAUGCCAAACCAAGAAUUACGGGAGGUCGCUGUAAAGGUUUUACCAGAUAAUCCUCGCGAAGAUCAGAAACAAGCAUUUUUGCAAGAGAUAUCACAAAUGAAGCUGUUGGGUUCCCACCCGAACAUCGUAUCUUUAGUUGGAUGUUGCACUCUGCAGGACACCAAGUUUCUGGUGAUAGAAUACGUUCCGUAUGGCGACCUCUUGCAAUGGUUACGCAGAAAUCGCCUAUUGGUGAGCAAAAAUCAAGUUAGUUGUGGAAAAGAGGAAGACUACGAAGACAAAGACAUCUCUAUUGCCUCGAAAGAGACCUGCGAUUCUGAAAAGGAAAACGUAGAAUUGAAAAAGAUACCGCCGCACCCCCAAACAAACUGCAGCGCUGCCGUCCCCUCGACAGAGAAUCUUGAUUAUAACGAUGAUGAAGAGGCCGACAGCAACAGUUUUACGACAGACAAACUCUUUUCGUUUGCUUGGCAAAUAGCACGUGGAAUGAACCACCUCGCUGAGAAAGAUUUCGUUCACCGUGACCUUGCAGCUCGCAAUAUUCUGGUAGGCCGGAACAACCAAGUGAAGUUGUCAGACUUUGGAUUAAUGCGCCAGACCUAUCAAGACGUGUACAGUCUGAAGAAAACGAAGAACCUUCCAGUAAAGUGGAUGGCCCCGGAAUCUAUUUCUUACAGUAUUUUUACAAUCAAAAGCGACGUGUGGUCGUAUGGGAUUCUUCUUUGGGAAAUGGCCACCAUGGGGAGUGUUCCAUACCCCACGUUGACUAAUUCUGAAGUAUGCAGAGUACUUAAGACCGGCUUUAGAAUGGAGAGGCCAGACAUGUGCUCUGAUGAAGUAUAUGGGCUGAUGACCGAAUGCUGGAGGCAAGAACCAACUACUCGCCCCAGCUUCUCCCAGUUGAUUGAAAGACUAGAACUGAUUAUCUCAAAAGACACUCCCUACUUCGACUUCAGCAAGCGCGUUGAAUCCAGUUCAUAUUAUAACACUCCCACUAUAAAGGAUGAUGAAAACGGACGAUGAGCUGCAAGUGACAGAACUCUACCAUCAGAAAGAGACGAUUAUUUCAAGAGAAUGCUAGCACCUACAUUUGAAGAUAAUUAGCAAAUUAAUGAUUUACCAUCAUUUAACCCAUCCUCUUUUGAGUUUCCACAAGUUAGUGAUCGAUGUAGUCAGAUUUUACAAAUAGUUUGUCAAAUGCACUCGUCGGAAAUUUUAGAUAGACCAACUGAGACAUUAAUAUUUGGUAGAGAUUUUCCGAGAUGUUAUGUUUUUGAGUUUUAUACUCAACACUGGAUUAGACAAACAGAGCAAUUCAAUUUUUCGGACAGUUCUUUGCAAUAAUUCUCGAGUCACGGUAAUUUUUUUCUUUUGUUAAAUUCUUUAUUCAAAUCUAUGAUUCCCAACCUACCGCUAGGGAACUGAGAAAAUUCUGAAUACCCUUGUUAAGCAAUAGAUUACAAUUUUCACGAGCCGAAGGCGAGGACGUGAUUUAAGAGGUUUUCGAGCGUUCUCCCAUGGCUUGAUAGAGCAUGGGAAAGUGUGUUCUAUUGCUUUAUGACAUCACUAGUCACACCCCGGCUCUAUAACCCAAUGAAUUGGCCGAUAAGAUGAAGCGUUCUGGAUUCAUUAUGUUAUAAAUCAGGGUAAAUAAGCUGAUUCAUUGUUAAUAUCCACAUAUCAAGGAUAAAACGAUACAAGCCGCCUUCUUAAACAACCAACUGCAGAACUAAAACUAAUCGUGUCUUGAUCAUUCCUGUUUUCCAACGCUCCACGUUUGAUUGUUUUUAACCAUGAGUUCACAUUGGCUCUUUCUGAUGUGGUUCUUGUUCUCAUUGGCCUUCGAUAUUAAAUACGGUUUUUGUUUCACGAGACUCUUUCGAAAAGUGCACUAAUUUUGACAAAACCGAACUCGCAAUUUAUUCAACAUUUUCCCUAUGAAGUCUGCUAGCUAGAUCACUUGAACACCCAAGAAAAGGUUCAGCUUAUUGGUAGGUGAGAACAACUGAUCGUAAUUCGGCGUAAAAAAAGUUGAUAGUUAUUCAGUGGAAAUAAUCAAGAAGAAAAAUUGGAGCAGAUAUACUAUACUGUUUUCGAUGGAUACCAUGCACUGCAUGAUCGUCUUGUGACGAGGUAGUUCGAGUAAUGUGUCUCAAUGUAAACGCAAGAACCAUAAAUUUUGACAUUUACGUCAAAGCCUCUUACAAAAUUGUGCCGUUGAACUUUCCAGAUUUCAAUCAAACUUUUUUUGAGGUGGAAUAAAGUUUGGGAUCAAAAUUGAUUGCAACUGAUUCAGAUUAUUGAUUGAUCUUUAAGAGGUUUUCUCUCUCAGUAGAUAUUGUCACAUGAAUUUCGAAUGAUACAGUUUUUUCUUCAUUGAAGUGUAAAGAGGCUAUUACUUGGUUUGAGAAUGUUCUCUUUCUCUUAGUUGAAUUAAUUGAGAUUAUUCAAAGUAUUUUUGGGUAAAAUGUCGUAAAAAAAAAAGAUAAAUCAUGUUUAGAUAAGUACUGACAUCUACUUAAUUAUUAUUAUUCAUCUAAUUAUUAUUAAUGUAGUCUACGCGUUUUACAAGAUAUCAGCAUUAAUCGGUUGUCAAGCAAACUUUCGUGUUCAUGAAGACCGUUCACGCCCGCAAAUAGCAGGAGCUAGUCGAGGCGGGCGGAAAUUAGAGGUACAGCAGCAGUAUAGAUUACAAAUAAAACUUAAACAUAAAUUAAUAACAUUUCCAGAAAAAGACAACCACCUAAAAAAAACUCGUAGAUAUAACUACAUCACUAAACGAAAGAAAAUAGAAACACUAUAGAAUGUAGAAUAUAAAUUAUGAAGGCGGUUUAUAAUUAAUUUUUUUAAGUAGAAGGGGCGAUUCAACAAAGCAAUCCUCAGCCUCUAAGAACGAAAAUAACAUGUCCUUAAAGAGUUUUUUGAAAGUUUUCUUCGGGAGUUGACGAAGAGCAUCGCAAGUGGAGUUCCAAUCUCGAUGGGUUAAUAUAAAAAUUGCCGGAAGAAGAGAACCACGAAUCAUGAUUAUGCUUUUCAGUAGCUUUAAUGAAAAGAUUACUAAUGUUGGUAGGCACAGUUAGACACGAGACGUCAAACAUAAUUGAGGAAACUUAUUCAACGUAUAACAUAUUUAUGGGGAGGAUUUUUGAGGAGAUAAAUAAAGGCAACGCAUGUG